AUGAAACAAUCUAAUUGGACUAAAUUCAUUGAAGAAUUAGGAGAAUCCGUGAAUGAAGAGUUGAAUGAAGAACUUCUAUCGUAGGUUGUCAAGUGGCCUGAUGAAAAAAUGUCAUUUCCUGAAUUAUAACAUUAUUUAAGCAAUGAAUUUUGGGUGCAUUUUGAUGAAGAAACCACACGAAGCAAACUGCAUGAUAAAGAUAAAUAUUUGUAAUAUGGUGUGUUGCCAAUUUGGCAAAAAAAAGAAACAUAAAAUUCAAUGACCUGGUAUUUAUAAAGUCUAUGUUUGUACCUUAGAUUAAAAAGGGUGUUUUUAAAGAAAGUUCUUAAGAUAAAGAUGGCUGAGUCUCUUAAAGCAAAAAUUAAAUCAACUUCCUUGGUCAGAAGAAGAAGACAAAAUAUUAAAAGUAAAUAUCCAUAAGAAAGUUGGUCGUUUAUAGUUGAAUAAUUUAAUAACAAAGCAGGAUGUAUAAGAUAUUCUAAGUAGAUACGCGAAAGGUUUAAUAAUGUUAUAGACCCUAAUAUAAAUAAAAAUCCAUUUUCAGAUGAAGAGAUAAAAUUCAUUCUGCGGAAAGCCUAUGAAUUGAAGAAAAAAUGGGCAAGUAUCGCUAAACUAAUGCCUGGGCGCACCGAUAAUAAAAUUAAAAACUGCUAUAAUUCAAAAAUGAACAAAAUCAAAAAGAAAAUGCCAAUUAAUAAAGCCGACAGGAAAAAAGAACAAAAAAUCUUGUAAUACAUUUAAAAAUAUGAUACUUUUGAUCCUGAUGAGUUGGUAAAUCAGAUAGAACUAGAUGAAAAAAAUCAAAGUUCUAUUAAAAUAGAAUGUGCAAAUGAAAACUCCAAUACUUCAAACAAUCAGAAUUACAUCCCUCCUAUUAUCCCAAGUUAUCCCCCAAUACUAUUCAUGUAAGGCCCUGUAAUGUAGAGCUAAUAUUAAACUUAAUAUAUUGGCAUUCCAAUGCUUGUUUUGAAAAAGAUAGAUGAAACAAGCCAAAUUUGA